AUGUGUACAAUCAAAUGCAGUGCAAAAGACAUGGCGCCAGAGAAUUCUGAAACAACAAUGUUGAUAAGCAAAUCCAUUGUUCUCCUUCUGUCGUUGAUUGUCUACACCAGCCCGGUGUGUGCUGAUGAACCUUCUGAACUAUAUCAGCUGGCCUUGUCCGACGCAAAGAGUGACCAGCCUGCAAAUGCCCCUAGACUCUCAGAUGUGCUUCGCUGGAAAGAUUCCUUGCCAGACAGAUUAUCCCCCAACCCUGCAACAGACCAAGCUGACUCCAGCAGACUGGCAGCAUUUGCUUCAUCUCCUCCUGCAGGAAUAAGUCUUGUAAUCAGGAAACGACAAUUCUGUAACUCGUAUGGCUGCAACAAUGGGGGUAAACGGGCCAUCCAAGCACCUCUGGAGAACAAUCUUGAACCAUCUCAAGAUGCAAACCAGAAGAUGUAA